GCUCUCAACCAUGGAGGCCGCUCUGGUGAGUGCAGUGACGGGGGCCCUGAAACCCGUCCUGGAGAAGCUGGCUACUUUGCUGGGAGACGAGUACAAGCGUCUCAAGGGGGUGCAUGGCGAGAUCAAGUUCCUCACGGACGAGCUCGCCGCCAUGCAUGCCUUUCUCGUGAAGAUGUCAGAGGAGGGGGAUCCUGAUGUGCAGGAUAAGGUGUGGAUGACGGCGGUGAGGGAGCUCUCAUAUGACAUGGAGGACUCUAUCGAUGACUUCAUGCAAGGUGCCGACCAGAAAGAUGCAAAGCCAGAUGGUUUCAUAGAGAAGAUCAAGUCCUCGCUAGGGAAGUUGGGAAAGAUGAAGACUCAUCAUCGGAUUGGCAAGGAGAUUCAAGGUUUGAAGAAACAAAUCAUUGAGGUGGGCCAGAGGAAUGCAAGGUACAAGAACCGUGAGGAUUUCUCUAGCACCAGAAAUGCAACUGUUGACCCCAGAGCGCUUGCUAUCUUUGAGCAUGCCUCAAAACUCAUCGGAAUUGAUGAACCGAAGUGUGAGAUAAUAAAAAUGUUGACACAAGAUGAUGGAGUUGCUUCAACCCAACACCAAAUAAAGAUGGUCUCUAUUGUUGGAGCUGGAAGUAUGGGCAAGACAACCCUUGCAAACCAAGUGUAUCAGGAGCUCAAAGGGCAAUUUGAGUGUCACAAUUUCUUAUCCGUGUCAAGAAAUCCAGACAUGAUGUGUAUCUUGAGGACUAUUCUUAGUGAAGUUACUGGUCAAAAAUAUGGUGACACUAAAUCAGGGAGUAUACAACAAGUCAUCAGCAAGAUCAAUGAUUUCCUAGCAGAGAGCAGGUACUUGAUUGUUGUUGACGAUAUAUGGAAGGAGGAGUCAUGGGAUGUUCUGAAGUGUGCAUUCCCUUCAAGCAAUUAUGGCAGUAAAAUAAUCACUACUACUCGCAUCAGCAAUGUUGCUCAUUCGUGCCAUUCAUCUUUCCGAGGCCAUAUUUAUAAUAUAAAACCUCUUAAUAUGGUACACUCGAGACAAUUAUUCUAUGGAAGACUAUUCAACUCCAAAGAAAACUGCCCUGCAUAUCUUGAAGAAGUUUCUGACCAGAUCUUGGCAAAAUGUGAUGGUUUACCUCUGGCAAUCAUUGCUAUAUCUGGUUUGCUGGCUAACACUGAACAAACAGAGCAUCAUUGGAAUCAAGUAAAAGCUUCAAUUGGAUGUGCACUUGAAAGGAACUCAAGUGUCCAAAGAAUGAUAAAGAUAUUGUCACUUAGUUACUUUGAUCUGCCUAUUCAUCUAAAAACUUGUCUUUUAUAUCUCAGUAUAUUUCCAGAGGAUUCUGUUAUUGAGAAAAAGGGCCUGAUAAGGAGAUGGAUUGGUGAAGGAUUCAUUCAUAAAGAAGGCAGGUAUACAACAUAUGAGUUAGGAGAGAAGUAUUUCAAUGAGCUCAUCAAUAGAAGUUUGAUCCAACCGGUGGAAAUGACCAGAUAUGGCAAUGUGUGGAGUUGUCGAGUACAUGACACAAUUCUUGAUUUCAUCAUAUUCAAGUCCAUUGAAGAAAACUUUGUUACAUUAGUUGGUGUUCCUAAUCUAACCGUUGGGACACAAAACAAAGUCCGGCGGCUCGCUAUACAAGUGAAAGACAGAGAAGAUUAUUUUGUUCUAAGCGGCAUUGUAUUGUCUCAUGUCCGAUCAUUUAGUUUAUUUCGGGGUCUUGUGGAAAUCCCUUCUCUCAAUGAGUUCAAGCAUUUGCGUGUUCUGGUCCUUAGAGAUUGCAGUCAAAUGGAAAACCAUCAUCUUGUGAAUAUAGUGGGGUUAUUUCAGUUGAGGUACCUUGACCUUAGAGAAACAGACAUAAGUGAGCUCCCAGAACAGAUCGGACAUUUACAGUGCUUAGAGAUUCUAGACCUAAGAUGGUGCGGGCUACAUGAACUGCCUGCAAGUAUUGUUAAUCUAGAAAGGCUGGUGAACCUAAUGGUUUGCAGUAAGGUUAAAUUUCCUGCUGGAAUUUUGAAGAUGCAAUCACUGGAGAGGUUGGGUGAGGUUGGGGUCUUCAAGGAGCCAUUAAACCUCCUGCAAGAAGUUGGUCAGCUCAAGAAUCUGAAGAAGUUGAAACUCUGUUUUGAAUUUGAUCAUCACACUCAACAUGCAGUUGCAAGUAAGGAGUGCAAGAAAGCCGUUGCAUCUUGCCUUGAUAAGCUAGUCAGUCAGAACCUUCGUUUUCUUGAAGUUGAGUUUGCGGGCGACUUGUUAGAGGGACAAUUCUUCUCUACUCUGCUCAGUCUUGAACAACUUUUGACUUAUGCGUCAUGGAUCCCGCAAGUUCCGAAAUGGAUGGGCUCCCUUGUCAACCUGCGGAAGUUACGACUUGAGGUGACGAGACUAGAGCAAGAAGAUCUGUGCAUCCUUGGAGCCUUACCUGCUCUGCUCAUUCUGGAUCUGUGCCGAACAUGGGUGAAUGAAGGCACAAGGGUCAGAAUUGGUGGAGAAGUUGGAUUCCAAUGCUUGAAACAGUUUGUUUAUGAUACGGGUGUUAAUUUCGGGGUGGAUCUGAUGUUUGCAGUAGGAUCCAUGUCCAAUUUAGAAAAACUCUAUCUUUCUUUUCUCGCGAUUAAAGGCGAGUCUUUUGAUUUCGGGAUUGAAAACCUCCCCCGCCUUAUUACUAUCAGGUGCAAUGCAUGUAGCGAGAUUGGGGCCGAUGUGGACUUAAAGGCUGCCAUGGAGAGAGCAGCCAGGAUGAAUCCCAACCAUCCUACUAUACUCUAUGAUGGAGAGUAUGAUGCAGUGGGCUCAUCAAGGCAUUGCUGA